AUGAAGUACCUUUUCACCCUCGCUCUGGCCAUCCCCGCCAUCAUGGCCACUCCUGCACCAGUCCCCGACAAGACUGCGAGCACAGAAGUGCAAGCCUGCGCCUGUAUUAACGCGCAAGGUCAAACCACGGUAAGCGGCUACUGCCAGUACAUCCGCGGCCGCGCCGAACGACUCGACGGUGGAGAGCUUUGCUACCCUAGCGACAAAUAUUCGGACUACAUGCCCGAGAGAUUCACUGCCGAUUUCUGCAAGGGCUACUUUCCGGGCUAUAACGACCGCGUCUGCAAGACCAAGACUCCAGCUGGCCUCAAUCACCGCCAAGCAGAUAAAGAGCAGAUCGCCAGGCUCCAAGCCACGGUCGAGCAUCUCCACCAACGCGUCUCAGCGCAAAGUACUCCAAUCUCUGACCAGCUGACAGCUUCCCUGAGCCCUAGGCCGUUGGGAGCAUCGCCAGCUGGAAGUAUCUACCCAGAUGUGCAGUCCUCGGCAGACCUGGUCGAAUUGCUCAGAGAUCGGCCCGAGGAAUUCGCCCUGCAAGUCUUGGAGUCUCUACGACAAGGCCGCUCCCCGAAAGACAUUAUGGAUUCUGUUGGUGGCAAUUUGUCCGUGAAUGUUAACCCGUCGAUACAUCUUGCAGCUAGAGGCAGUGUCACCCCAACACAAACACCGCUCGAGUUCCAGCUCGUUGUUCAGUAUCCAAAUGUCUAUUUGCCUCUCAUCCCUGUCGAUGCAGCUUCUCUGGACCUAGGGCUACUCGGCAUCGAGCCACAGAAUGCCGAUAUCUUUCAGGACCCGGGCCUAUCAAAUCUUCUCCAUGGCGAUGUAUCGAGUGCAACGGUGAACAGAGUAGUCCAACCGCAGGAUGUGUUAGGCAGAACAUCAUUCGGCGUCGAGAACGGUAUUUUUAUCGACUCUCGUCUUCAUCAUGUCGACAUUUCACACUGGACAAGUAUCUCCGUAAGUAACCAAUUCGCCGCUGAGGCUAUCGCCUUGUACCUCAACAUGAACCAGCCAUGGUGGGCAUUUUUCGACACGGACCUAUUUCUAGAUGAUCUGGUCAAUGUAGAGACCAACUUCUGCUCCGGGAUGCUGGUCAACGCUCUUCUUGCCUGGGCCACUGAAAAGACAAAGCUGGGCGUCGCCUGCAAGAAGACAGUGCCAGAAUGGCACAGCGCAUGCGGUUUGAAGCUGACAGUCGCUAGGGUCAUGUCAAUGAGCUAUCACCAAGAGCCGAUCCCACAAAGGACAUCCAAGUUUCGCAUCCCGGGGAAGAAUUUGUUUGCAGCGCAACACGACGAACCCAGUCCAGAUGCAACCUAUACAGCCGUCUGCCAAUUCUGGCUGAUGGUAUUUGACAUGAACUACCUUUACUACCUUGAGCGAUCUGUUUCCAUGGCGUCAGCCGUGGCUAUCUUCCAGAGAUUGCUAGGCUGGGCUGAUGCUUUGCCAGGCGGAGUGCAACGUCAUGAAAACAACCCAGACCAUGUUCUGAAUAUACAAAUCUGGUUCCAUACAGCCAUUAUUGACCUGUUCCGCCCCUUCCAACACGACUUCCCGCAACCUAAACUCCCGGCCUUCGCAGGAGUGAACGCCACACCCAGAGCCGUUAUAGAAGCAUCGAUUGAGCAACUGAAACGCCUCGUAUAUCAAUACCGUGAACGCUGCGAGUCAUCCAAGUACUCCAUCAUCUGGCAAAGCGGUAUGCUCUACCUCGUCAACCACAUACUACGAGAUUUAUCCAGUAAUGAAUCACAAUUUUACUUCCAACUCUGCAUGCGCGGCUAUCAGCAUCUAGCUCGCUACAUGCCUUUUGUUAGUGGCAUAGUGCAGAGUCUGAUAGUCAUGACGAACCGGCAGGGUGUUCCUUUGACAGCCAACGCGCAGCGGCUACUCGAAGAGGUGCGGGAUGAGAGUCGUAGGAGUCGAGAGUUCUUCAGCGCUUAUCCGGUUGAUCUUGAGAUGGUGUCUAAGGACCCUUCUUCUGCAUCGUUGGAGAAACUUACUAGCCGUUUCCAAGAAGAACCCUCGGGGACGGACCAGAGUGAAGGAUCUGAUAACGGAAGUUUGCCAGAGGGCUGGAAGGGUACCGCCCAGGAUCUGACAACCACGCUUUCUAUGCUGGAAGAUGAUUGA